AUGCCCAGCAUGGUGAGAAAAUCAGUGGAAUCAUUUGUGCACAGCCUUUAUGAAUUGGCUGAGUUCUUUGAGUUUGGUGCUGCCAAAGAGGAGCAGAUCAGAGACAGAAUUGUCAUAGCAAUUGCAGACUCAGAAGUCUCAAUGAAACUGCAGCUGGAGUCUGAGUCAACACUUGAUGAGGUUAUACGAAUGUCUUGCCAGAAUGAACUGGUGAAGAAACAAAGUGCAGAGAUGAGAUUGAAAGCAUGUUACAAGAAGUGCAGCAGUCCAGGAGAGCU